CACCCUUCCACCAGUGUUACACAAUUCAGAUUUGUGUUCAUAAAGGUGAAGAUAAGAUGAUUAAAUUUCAGUGACUAAUUAUCUGGCUGAAGAGAGAAAAAACAUAUACAGAUAUGUAUAGAGAGAUAUAGAGAUAGAGAUAGAGAGAGAGAGAGAGUAAGGCAAAGGACAGGUUUUUUUGUUUGUUUGGUGUUGAGUUCGUCUUCUCUCUGUCCUCUCUUUUUCCUCAUUCCUCUCGAGGUCAUUACAACUUCCAACGAUUAGAGAGAGGAGAGAGAUAAACAACAAACUUUAAUUUCAAAAAUCCUCUGAGAAUCUCUGCUUCGGUUAAACGUUUUUGAGGAUCUCACCGGAAGGAAGAAAGCUAGGGUUUUUGAAGGAUGUUAUGCGCGAAUUGUAGCUGGAUAUUUGUUCAGUAAUUGAAGCGAGAGAGGGCUGAACGAAAAAAUGGAUUUAGAUUCGUCUAUGGUACCAGAGGAGAAUGAUCAAGAUCCUGCGUCUCUGAAUCAUCCAAUGGAUAAGGAGGUUUCCUCAGAAUCGCCGGAGGAGGAUACCGGAUCCGAAUCGGCGCCUUUGACUCCUACAGCGGCGAAUCCUCCUCCUCCGACAGCUCAACAACAAUCGCCGGUGGUUGGUCCGAGGUGUGCGCCGACGUAUUCGGUGGUGAAUGCUAUAUUGGAGAAGAAAGAAGACGGGCCUGGACCUAGAUGUGGUCACACUUUGACGGCGGUUCCUGCCGUUGGUGAUGAGGGGACGUCUUGUUACAUUGGCCCUCGUCUCAUCUUGUUCGGUGGCGCAACGGCUCUUGAGGGCAAUUCAGGAGGAACAGGAACUCCAACUUCAGCUGGAAGUGCCGGCAUUCGGCUUGCUGGUGCGACCGCUGAUGUGCAUUGUUAUGAUGUCCUUACUAAUAAAUGGUCGAGGCUUACACCAUAUGGAGACCCACCUAGCCCAAGAGCUGCGCAUGUUGCUACUGCUGUUGGGACCAUGGUAGUUAUUCAGGGUGGAAUAGGUCCUGCUGGUUUGUCAGCUGAGGAUCUUCACGUUCUUGAUCUUACUCAACAAAGGCCACGAUGGCACAGGGUUGUUGUUCAGGGUCCUGGACCGGGACCGCGUUAUGGACAUGUCAUGGCAUUGGUAGGACAGAGGUAUCUCAUGGCAAUUGGUGGAAAUGAUGGAAAACGUCCAUUAGCUGAUGUAUGGGCUUUGGACACUGCUGCAAAACCUUAUGAAUGGCGUAAGCUGGAACCGGAAGGGGACGGUCCACCUCCAUGCAUGUAUGCAACUGCAAGCGCGCGGUCUGAUGGCCUUCUUCUUCUCUGUGGUGGAAGAGAUGCGAAUAGCGUGCCCCUAGCAAGUGCAUAUGGACUUGCCAAGCACAGAGAUGGACGUUGGGAAUGGGCCAUAGCCCCUGGUGUCUCACCUUCUGCCAGAUACCAGCAUGCAGCAGUCUUUGUAAAUGCAAGACUACAUGUCUCUGGUGGGGCACUCGGUGGUGGACGCAUGGUAGAAGACUCAUCCAGUGUUGCAGUGUUGGAUACUGCAGCAGGUGUUUGGUGUGAUACAAAAUCGGUUGUUACUAGUCCAAGAACCGGUAGAUAUAGCGCUGAUGCAGCUGGUGGCGAUGCUUCUGUUGAACUGACAAGACGUUGCAGGCAUGCUGCUGCUGCAGUGGGUGACUUGAUAUUUAUCUAUGGUGGUUUGCGAGGAGGAGUGUUACUUGAUGACCUAUUGGUUGCUGAAGAUCUUGCCGCUGCGGAAACAACAUCUGCUGCCUCUCAUGCUGCUGCUGCAGCAGCAGCUACGAACUCACAACCUAGCCGUUCACCUGGAAGAUACGGAUUUUCCGAUGAAAGGACAGGGGAGCUACCGGAAUCAGCUCCUGACUCUGUUGUGUUGGGAAGCCCCGUUGCGCCGCCUGUAAAUGGGGAUAUGUAUACUGAUAUAAGCACGGAAAACGCAAUGCUUCCAGGAACUCGGAGAACAAGCAAGGGUGUGGAGUAUCUCGUCGAAGCAUCUGCUGCAGAAGCCGAGGCUAUCAGUGCAACAUUAGCUGCUGCGAAGGCACGACAGGUCAACGGUGAAGUUGAACUUCCAGAUAGAGACCGUGGUGCCGAGGCCACACCCAGUGGAAAACAAUCUCCAUCCUCGUUGAUUAAGCCUGAGUCCGCGGUACCAAACAGUGUUAUUCCUGCAGGGGUUCGACUACAUCAUAGAGCUGUGGUGGUUGCUGCAGAAACAGGCGGAGCCUUAGGUGGAAUGGUUAGACAGUUAUCGAUUGAUCAAUUUGAAAAUGAGGGACGCCGUGUUAGUUACGGCACACCCGAAAGUGCAACAGCCGCGAGGAAAUUAUUAGAUCGGCAGCAGUCGAUCAAUAGUGUUCCGAAAAAGGUUGUAGCUCAUCUUUUGAAACCUCGGGGGUGGAAGCCACCAGUUCGACGCCAGUUUUUCUUGGAUUGCAAUGAAAUAGCUGAUCUUUGCGACAGUGCAGAACGUAUCUUCUCAAGCGAACCUACAGUGUUACAACUUAAAGCUCCUAUUAAGAUAUUUGGUGAUUUGCAUGGUCAGUUUGGGGACCUCAUGCGCCUUUUCGAUGAAUAUGGGUCACCAUCAACAGCUGGAGACAUAUCAUACAUUGAUUACCUCUUCUUGGGGGAUUAUGUUGAUCGAGGUCAACACAGUCUAGAAACAAUUACACUUCUGCUUGCGUUAAAGGUUGAAUACCAACAUAACGUACAUCUAAUCCGUGGAAACCAUGAAGCCGCGGAUAUUAAUGCGCUUUUUGGUUUCCGGAUAGAAUGUAUUGAGAGAAUGGGUGAACGUGAUGGGAUAUGGGUGUGGCACAGAAUUAACCGGUUAUUCAAUUGGUUACCUCUUGCUGCAUUGAUUGAGAAGAAGAUUAUCUGUAUGCAUGGAGGAAUUGGUCGGUCGAUAAACCAUGUGGAGCAGAUUGAAAACAUUCAACGGCCAAUAACUAUGGAAGCUGGCUCAAUUGUGCUUAUGGAUUUGCUAUGGUCGGAUCCAACUGAAAAUGACAGUGUAGAAGGUUUAAGGCCUAAUGCUAGAGGUCCUGGAUUGGUUACUUUUGGGCCUGAUCGUGUCAUGGAGUUUUGUAACAACAAUGAUCUUCAAUUGAUUGUACGUGCGCAUGAAUGUGUGAUGGAUGGAUUCGAGCGUUUCGCGCAAGGGCAUUUGAUAACGCUCUUUUCUGCAACAAAUUAUUGUGGCACUGCAAACAAUGCUGGAGCUAUUUUGGUGUUGGGGAGAGAUCUUGUGGUGGUUCCUAAGCUUAUCCAUCCGUUGCCUCCAGCAAUUACAUCACCUGAAACUUCACCAGAAAGACAUAUAGAGGACACAUGGAUGCAGGAGUUAAAUGCAAAUAGACCACCAACACCAACAAGAGGACGCCCACAAACUCCAAAUGACCGUGGGUCUCUUGCGUGGAUAUAAACAAAACCCCCAAAGAGAAAUUCGUGAGAGGUGAUGACAUGCUUCUCCCUAUAGCUGCCUCUUGAUGAUGAUCAUCACAUGUUGUGUACAGACCAAACCUAAACCGAUCUUGAAUCCUCAUAGAUCACACUGAGAAUAAUCGAUGAGGGUUUUUAAGAAUUUCAGAGAUGACGUAAAGGGUGAAGAAGUCAGGUGGGAUAGUUUUGGAGAUGGUGAAUAGUGAGGGAGAGAUUAUUUGUUGGGUAAAAGGGUAUUGCUUAUUUUUUGUUUUGUUUGUCUUCUAUCUAUUUAACUUUUUCUUAGUAUUGAUUUAUAUGUGGUAUUGGGACACAAACAUAAAUGACUAGAAAAAGGGGGGAAUGGUGGGGAUCUUAUAGGUUGUAUUAGUUUUGGGGUGGUUUUGUGUAUCAUAGAGAGGUGUGUGAGCAUUGUGUAAUUUCUUUAUUCGUACUGUCAGUUUGUGUUAAUGAUUCCCAAAAUUUUCUCCCAUUUUCUUGCAUUUUUAAUAGCGC